CGAUUAGGCGGCCCGCAUAACGAUCACGAGUACAUUACACGAUGUCCUAGAUUCUACACGAGUCGAGUACACUGGCACUCGCUGUAUAUCAGGAUAAUGAUAAAUACGUGUUUAUUUCUUGUAUAGAUUGGAGAAUGCACACCUUUUGAGUCAAGAAGACAUAGUAAAGGACAACUAACAGGUUCGUCAGCAGGUUGUGUUUUGUCGGGUGAAGCUGUACUGAUUUGCAGGUUGUGUUUUGUUGGGUGAUAUAAUAGAGAAUAUGGAGGAGGAUCUAAUUCGUCCCAUAUACAAAAAUGGCAGAUAUCAAAAUCCGUUUGACACCUGGACCAACUCAAUUGGCUUCGGCAAUUUUUUCAAACUGAUGUUUAGCGAAUCCGAUCACAGUAAAAUUCCCAACCAGAGGGAGUUGGACAACACUUUACCAGUGGAAACUCCGGAUUUCCAGAAAUUACGAAAUCCACCGACAUCGGAAAUGCAGAUAAUGUGGAUAGGCCAUGCCAGUGUAUUAGUUCAGAUGGACGGACUGACCAUUCUUGCCGAUCCUGUAUUUAGUGACAGGUGCUCCCCUGUGCAAUUCGCAGGACCCAAACGAUACCGUCCCCCGCCCUGUAAGGUAGAGGAUCUACCCCAUAUAGACGCCGUCAUCAUCAGCCAUAACCACUACGAUCAUCUUGACCACGGAAGUGUCAAAAGCCUCAAUUCCAAAUUCAACGACAAGAUCACGUGGUUUGUUGCGGCGGGAACUAAGGAAUGGAUGCUGAAUGCUGGUUGUAAGAACGUCGUUGAAUUGUCGUGGUGGGACGAAGCGGAAAUGCCCGGAAGACCGGACUUUAAAUUCGUUAGUGUCCCGUGUCAGCACCGGUGUGAACGCACACUGCUGGAUUCUAUGAAGGCUCUGUGGUGUAGCUGGGUAGUCAAGGGGCCUGACCACAGCUUCUACUUUGCCGGAGACACAGGGUAUUGUAGUGGAUUUAAACAGAUCGGGAGAAAGUAUGGACCAAUUGACUUCGCUGCCAUUCCAAUAGGCGCAUACUACCCCAGAUGGUUCAUGAGACCCAUGCAUGUGGAUCCAGAGGAGGCGGUGAAGGUCUUUGAAGACGUCAAGGCUGAACAUGCUCUUGGCAUCCAUUGGGGAACCUUCAAGAUGACGCGAGAGUUUUACUUGGAGCCGAGGACAAAACUAGGAGAAGAGCUGGAUAAGAAGAACAUCAGUAGAGACAAAUUUUUCACACUUCGUCACGGUCUGGUGCACACAAUUGGACAUGCAGUACCCUCAUAACCAGCAUGGGUAGCCAAAACGCCUUAGCAAUUGCAAAAUCUAUCAUUAUACUACCCUAAGUAGUUCUCAGAAAUGCAAUGCUCCAUUUUGUGAAUAACCACCCGAUGAUCACAUUAAGGAUAAAUUGUAUGUAGCAAAAUCUCCCCCCAUCCUAUCAGUAAGUACAGAUUAGGAGACAAUGAUGAGUGAUAAUGGGAUUGUUUUCUCCCUCCUUCUUUACAUAUACCACUUUAAUUAUGUAUCUGAUGAUUACAGAUGAGAAAUUCGCAUAUACUUUUGUGAUCGGUAACUAAUUGUAUCUGUGAGUAAUGUAGCAAUGUGCACGUGAUAGUUUCAGUACUGUAUAGCAGGAAAUUAACUCGCGGAGUUAAUUUUCGCUAUAUUCGCUGAAAUUUUAAUUUAACAUUCAGUGAAUUAAUCUUUCAUAUUGAUACGAAAUUGGGUUCAGGAUAUUAAGAUUUGUUUUUCCGCGAAUUAAACCGACCGCGAUCUGCUGCUAAAUGAAAAAAUCGCGAUUUUUUUCCGACCGCGAUAUUAACCUGCUAUACAGUACCUUCAGUACCAUUGGAUGUGGUACAUUCUUGCCAGCAGCAUGUGAUAGUCUCUCUUUUACACCCCCCCCCCCCCCCCACCCACCACCACCACCACCACCACACACACUCUUCCAGUUGUUAUAGUCUUGUAAAAGUAAUAGAUCCCCCCUCCCCCGCAUCUCAACAUUCAUUCAUAUUAGUGAAUUUAGAAACAAGUAUUUUGAAAUAUUACUGUAGUACAUAUAAAUUACAAUUAUGUUGCAUAUUUUUUCACAUUUCAUAGAACCUAUAGUGGAAGUGCGUAACUGUUCUCCACAAUGAAUGUUCUUUUCUUAGUCUCCGUGUACCGACAUUUUUACUUUUUAGAUAUCAAAUACAGAAAUCUAAUUUUGUUUUAAUCUUUUUGUUUGCAAAUAUUUUUUUUUUUUACCUAUCCGUUUAUUUAUUUGUUAUAAUGUGAAGUAUUUAAUUUAAGACGUUUUAUAGUUUUGAAUGUGUGUAUACAUAAUGUGAAGUAUUUGAUUUAAGACGUUUUAUAGUUUUGAAUGUGUGUAUACAUAAUGUGAAGUAUUUGAUUUAAGACGUUUUAUAGUUUUGUUGAAUGUGUGUACACAUUCUUGGACAUCGGUGUUGAUGUAUAGACAAUCAUUAUUUUAUUUUAUUUUAAGUUUUAUAUACUUUGUUAUUGUUGUUAUUUUUGUUUCCAUUAUUUGAAAAGUAUAUCAUAAAAGUUUAAAUAUAACAAGGAGUAAUUUUAUGUAUGAUAAUUAUACUGUCACGCUAGCGAAGGUACAAUGCAGAUAUGUAGAUCUGAUUACAAUUAAUCCCCAACAAAAGAAAAAUACUUUGUAUUAACCUAACUGAGUUUCUUUCGUUUUACACUGCGAUUGCAAAUUGAUAUUUUUAAAGAUUUUUUUUAUUCGUUUGUAUGGCCUCAUUACUAUUUUGAUUGUGGAGGAUUUUUUUUCUAUUUUUUUUUUAAAGGUUUUUGUAUUUUUCUAAUUUUGAUACAUUGUACAUAGAACUUUAAGACAUGCAUUACCGUACAGCGGGUUUUUUUUUUUUCGCGAGGUGAUAAAUUUGGUUGAAUUCAGCGGUUAGAUAGCGUUCCGCCAAAAUUUCAAUCACCAAAUUGCACCCAAUACUUCAGUAUUUGCAGGAGAGAGAACUCUUCAUUCUCCGCUAAAAUUAUUAGCAUAUGUUUGAGCCAGCAAAUCGCCAAAUUUAAACCCGCGAAAAAAAUCCGCUAUAUGGUAAUCAUUCUUAAUUGCAGUGUCUGCCCAGCUAAUAAUUACAUGUUCGCUUCGUAGGCAGAAAAUCAUCAGUGACAAAUGUGUAAUACUAUAUAUUUAAAUUGAGUUAAAUUGGAUCUGAUACUUUUUUAAAAAUACAUGAAUAUAUACUUAUGUUUCUAGAACUGCAUUUCACACAGCGAUAUGAAUCAUUCAGAUAGGACACUCUUUGACAUUCAUCACGUGACGUAAAAUAUAUGCAUGUCUGUUUUAUUAUAUAGUAAAUUAUAUUAUUUUUAGAAAUUUAAAUUGGAACAAUUCAUAUCACAAAUUUUUAUGCAUAAUUUUGAUUUUUUUCCCCGAUUCUUCACACUCAUUUGUCUUGAUAUAUUCUAACAUAAAUGAAACGGCAGUAUCCUUUCGCUGUAUAUGUGUAAUUACACAAACAUUUUUAAUGCAAUGAAUUUUGAUUAGAAUAACACAUACUAAUAGUUUUGCACGUUUCUGUUUAGAUAUUUUUUUUUAAAAAGAGAGAAUAAUAAAGAAGUUAAGAACAGACAAUGGUUAAAUUGAAAUACUUUUUUUCACUAGUUAGUAAUAUUUGAUUAUUGUCAAUAAAGGUCAUAGUUACUGCAA